CCCCCCAUGAUUUUUUUUCCUUAACUUCCUCUAAGCAAAGCUAGAACCACACCAUCCAUUUCCAACGACCUCCUCUUGCAGCUCCCCAUUUUGAAACUUGUAUUAAAAGGACCUUUCCUCAUUAAUUCCACUAUUAAUAUCUUCUUCCCUUUCCUUGCGUUGAUUGAGCAUGAUGAACACAGAGGAAGGCAAAUUGGUGGUCAUGGGCCGAGCAGAGAUUGACACCAGAGCACCUUUCAAAUCAGUGAAAGAGGCAGUCUUGUUGUUUGGGGAAAGAGUUUUAGUUGGAGAAAUAUAUGCCAACAAGCUCAAAGAGAUUGGAGCUGCAGGGCAUGCUGCUUCUGCUCAAUCAACAAUUGGGGUCUUGGAAGCUGAGCUUGAAGAAACAAAGCGAAAUCUUCAGAAAGUUAGAGAAGAAAACAAGUUAAUGGCAUACUGCAUAAAGUCACUAAGAGAUGAUCUUGACCGUGCAAAGAAAGAGCUGCACAAGUACUUGAAGGCAAGAGAGUUUGAUCAGAAGGACCCAGUUGAUCCUGAGAUUGAAGAAGAAGACCUUAAAUUCAUUGAGGAUGGCGCCGCGAAGUUUGAAACCAAGAUCAUGUUGAGCCAAGACGCAGAGGAAUUGGUGCAGAAGAAAAGAUAUGUGAAAUUUGCAAGUCCUCCUACACUGGCCCAAGUCAUUGUUAGCAAAGAAGACUUGGGGGAGAGAAACCCUUCUGUCAAGAAAACCAAGAAGAAGCCAUUGGUGCCUCUGGUUGGGUGGCUUUUUGCCAAAAACAAGGCAAUUCAAGAAGGGGGUGGGGGGUCUCCAAGAGCCUGAGGCUCUCAUGAGCAGAUUAUGCAGAGAUUAUUAAGUAAAUAUAUUCGUUUCAAGAAUGUUUGUUGUUGAUAAAUGAAGCCUGCAAAAGGGUUUCCAUUAACAGUCAUUUUUAUUGAAAUAAUCAGAGCUAAGGCAUCAUUUUUUUCUUUUA